GGCGCAGGCGCGGAGCGGCGGAGCAGGCCCGGCCCGGCCCGGCCCUGGCGCGGGCGCCCGGCUGCAGCAUGCGCGUCCGCCGGGGGCUGCUGCGGCUGCCGCGCCGCUCGCUGCUCGCCGCGCUCUUCUUCUUCUCGCUCUCGUCCUCGCUGCUCUACUUCGUCUAUGUGGCGCCCGGCAUAGUGAACACCUACCUCUUCAUGAUGCAGGCUCAGGGCAUCUUGCUCCGAGACAACGUCAAGACGAUCGGCGCGCAGGUGUACGAGCAGGUGCUGCGCAGCGCGUACGCCCGGCGGAACAGCAGCGCCAACGACUCAGAUUAUCCUCUCGACCUGAACCACAGCGAGAGCUUCCUGCAGACCACCACCUUCCUCCCCGAGGACUUCACCUACCUGGCCAACAGCACCUGCCCGGAGAGGCUCCCUUCCAUGAAGGGCCCCAUAGACAUCAACAUGAGUGACAUCGGGAUGGACGCCGUCCACCAGCUCUUCUCCCGAGACCCCACCAUCAAGCUGGGCGGCCACUGGAACCCUUCAGACUGCGUGCCUCGGUGGAAGGUGGCGAUCCUCAUCCCCUUCCGGAACCGGCACGAGCACCUGCCAGUGCUGCUCCGGCACCUCAUCCCCAUGCUCCAGCGCCAGCGCCUGCGUUUCGCCUUCUACGUGGUCGAGCAGGCGGGCACCCAGCCGUUUAACCGAGCCAUGCUCUUCAACGUCGGCUUCCGGGAGGCCAUGAAGGACCUGGACUGGGACUGCCUCAUCUUCCACGACGUGGACCACAUCCCCGAGAGCGACCGGAACUAUUACGGCUGCGGACAGAUGCCACGGCACUUUGCCACGAAGCUGGAUAAAUACAUGUACCUGCUCCCGUACACGGAGUUCUUUGGAGGCGUGAGUGGCCUGACGGUGGAGCAGUUCCGGAGGAUCAACGGCUUCCCCAACGCCUUCUGGGGCUGGGGCGGAGAGGACGAUGACCUGUGGAACAGGGUACAGAAUGCAGGUUACACCGUGAGCCGGCCGGAAGGGGACACGGGCAAGUACAAGUCCAUCCCUCACCACCAUCGAGGAGAGGUCCAGUUCCUGGGCAGGUACGCGCUGCUGCGGAAGUCCAGGGAGCGGCAGGGCCUGGACGGCCUCAGCAACCUCAACUACCUGGCCAACGUCACCUACGACGCCUUGUACAAGAACAUCACCGUCAACCUGACCCCCGAGCUGGCGCAGGUGGGCGACUACUGAGCCAGAGACGACGGCCCGGCCGCCCGAGGACGCGUCCCCUGCCCCGGGGCACGGGAGAGACGAGGCGACCCCGAAGGACGCCAGCAGGACACGCCA